GCCGACAAGGAGUUGCGCUACUGUAUAUAUUGUGGCUCAACUGUUCGCUACAUCACUACUGUUCAGUCCACUGAAUGCGUCCGAUCUUUCUGCUAUUAUCUCGAAAAGUUCUUCGAAAAGGUUAAUAUUUGGUAAAUAACCUAGAAUAAUCCUCAUAAUAUACAAUCAUCACAUCGUUGAUUUGUUAUUUAGCAAGUGUUGAAUUAUUUAUGUAAAUUUCAUGGCUUUUUCACAAUCGAACUCUAGAGAAUUGCAAAAUAGGAAGAUCUUAGAAGAGCUACAGUUGAAAAAGCAGAUGCUAUUAAAGCAAGGAGUUGCACCCACUUUAAAUUCAUCAUUGGGCGUUUCGUCAACCGGUUCUGCGUCAAAUGUACCUGCGAUACAAUCUAAUGAUGGUGUAGCGAUGAAUGCAUCUCAAAGAGCAGCUUUGCACAAUGCACAUGCAGCCUCAUUUGGUUACUUUGUGACGCAGGACUCUUCUUUUGGAAAUCUGAUAUUACCAGUUCUUCCCAGAUUUGAUAGUAAAUGAAUUAUUAUUUGCAAAGAUGGACAAGUGUAUAUAUAAAUAACUAAAUAUUACUAAAGACUGCAUGUAAAUAAUAUUAAUGAAAGAUAA